AUGACCCAAGCAACAACAACCGGAGGAUACCUCUCCAACGGACUCUGGAUCAAGACCCAGCCCUCGUUCUACACGCCUGCUCAAAUUGCGCGGUACCUCGACUAUGUCAAGUUCUCGUCCCCCGUUUCUCCUUCAGAUAUCGGCCGGUUCCAACCCUCGUUGGAAGCCCUGGAGGAGAUUAUGAGGUGUCAUCUGUUGACGUUCCCUUGGGAGAAUACUGCGAUGCAUUACACUGAGGACCAUUCGAUGGAUGUGUCACCCGAAGGUUUAUACUGCAGGUUCGUCGAGGAAGGGAAGGGGUCUUACUGUUUCGGGCAUACUACAAUCCUCCUUGGUAUCCUGCGCGGCCUAGGAUUCAGAGUCUACGCAGGCGCAGCCAAAGUAAACCACCACCACCAAACAGCAGAUAAACCACCCGUCUACGGCUUCCUCACACACGCCAUCCUCUUCGUGCAGCCCAUCCCAAACAGCAACGAAACGUUCAUCGCUGAUGUAGGAUUUGGGUCUUUGAAUUUCGCGAGGCCUGUUCCGCUACGCGAGGGUGCUGUUGUGCGGGGUGCGUUUGAUGGAGAGUGGCAGAGGUUGGUUAGGGGUGUGAAUCAUGAUUCUGCUGUGGAGAACGCAAAUGACAGCCCUCACCGACGCUGGCAUCUCGAAGUCAUACGAUAUCCCCGAGGCGCAGUAGUGGACGAAACGAAAAAGUGGAAGCGGUUCUACUCGUUCACGGAGGAGGAGUUCUCCGUGGGUGAUUAUGAAGAUGCUUCGUUCCUCGUUUCGCAGCGUCCUGGGAAGGGGAUAUUCUGGAAUAUGCUUCUCUGCGGGAAGGCGUUUGUUGACGACGACGAUGAUGACGACGAUGGCGAGGAGGGCGAUUCUAACUCAACUCCGAGUGCAAACUCGACGAAUUAUUACCGCCUGUUCUUGGUCAAUGACGAGGUUAAGAGGUAUGAUAAGAAGGGGGUGCGCGUGGUUCGUGUGGUGCGUGGCGAGAGUGAGAGGCUGGACGUGUUGAGGGAGGUGUUUGGGGUGACUAUUGCGCGGGAAGCGGUACGAUAUAUGGAGGGAAGAGUGCCAUAUCUGGCGGAAUGA